CGCCGAGGUGCGCACUGUCAGCAGUCCUAUCCACGAUGGAAUUGCAAGAUGUGUUUGCUUAGGGGACAGGGUGGAGAGUGUUAAUGACGGCAGAACGGGGACCGGCGUAGCGGGGGGCGUAGGAUGCGGAGUGGGAUUAACAACGAUGACUCGGGGAAACAAGGUGCCGGAAGGUGGAUUAGGCGGAGGUAGGCGCAUGGUAGGUAUCGGAGCUACGACGAUGCAAGCAUCGGCGCUGGCCUUUGAAACCGAGUACGCAUCAAAGGAGGUAGGGAUCGGCUUGAUAUCAUCGAAGGGAUGCUUGGCAAACGAUGAAGAGACAACGAGCUUGUCGGGGAUCAUAUCAGCAAUGAUCUUACCCACGGACGAGCCCGGCUUUGUGCGGAUGUGCAUUGGGUGCACGCUAGAAAACGAUGACACAGAGUGCUUGUCAGUAGCAGACGACGCUUCUGUGCGUCCGUUGGGAAAGGACAGCGAGGCUUUAUGAUGGCUGAGCGGAACCGCGAGAUCUGAGCUGCGUGACGUCGUGCGGCUCCCUUCCGUCUUGAGAGAUGGGAAAUAGCGGAGGCUUCUCGUUGAAAUGGGCGAGUAUGUCUGGAGUGGAAGCUUGAGAGGCGUGGUAACGAGCAACCUCGCGAUACCAUAGUCGCCAGGAUAUAUUUUCGAGACGGCGACCGUCCUGAAGAGACUCCUUGCAUUUUGUGAACAGCGUCCACAGACCAGAGAGAGCGUCU